UUCUUAGAUGGAGAGGCCUUUGGAGUUGGGCAAUGUGACCAGAGUCCAGGAGUUUGUCUUGUUGGGUUUGUCCACAAGGCCAGACGUAAGGGAUGUCCUGUUUGCCAUCUUCCUGGCCCUCUACCUGCUGACCCUCCUGGAGAACACGCUCAUCAUCUACCUCAUCUGCAGUCACAUCGAGCUCCACAAGCCCAUGUAUUUCUUCCUGGGCAACCUGAGCUGCCUGGAGAUGUGCUACGUGUCCGUGACCAUGCCCAGUCUGCUCGUGGGGCUGUGGACUGGACCUUACCAUAUUUCCUUCACAGCCUGCAUGACACAGCUUUUCUUCUUCAUAGUCCUCAUCUGCACGGAGUGCACCCUCCUGGCCUCCAUGGCCUAUGACCGCUACGUGGCCAUCUGCCGCCCACUCCACUACCCACUGCUCAUGAGGCCCCAGGUCUGCCUGGGCUUAGCCUUGUCCUCAUGGCUUGGGGGGAUGCUGGUCUCGGUGGCCAAGGCAUCAUGCAUCGCCAGCCUGUCCUACUGUGGCCCCAAUAUCCUCAACCACUUCUUCUGUGACGUCUCCCCUCUGCUCAACCUGUCCUGCACCCACGUGGCCCUGACGGAGCUGGUGGACUUCAUCUCUGCCAUCGUCAUCCUCUGGGGUUCCCUCCUCGUGGCCAUCGCCUCCUAUGUGGCCAUCGGGAGGGCUGUGCUCCACAUGCCAUCAGCCGCUGCCCGCCGCAAAGCCCUCUCCACCUGCGCCUCCCACCUGGUGGUGGUGGGCAUCUUCUACGCAGCCACUCUCUUCAUCUACGCCCGUCCCAGCCGCAUAGAAGCCAUGGACCUCAACAAGGUGCUGUCUGUCAUCUACACGGUGGUCACACCCAUGUGCAAUCCCGUCAUCUACUGCCUGCGGAACAGGGAGGUCCAGGCAGCAUUCUGCAGAACCCUACACCAGUCCUGA